AGGAGUGGCCCGUGUCCUGGCUCGAGGCCCGUAUUCUGGCUAGCGGCCCAUGUCUGGCUAGUGGCCCGGGGUGCCGGGCUCUCACCGUGGUGCCAUUCCCACAGGUCUCCGGGGCAGAGGGGCCUGGAGCUGCCAUGACGACAGGCGACUGCUGCCACCUCCCCGGCUCCCUCUGCGACUGCCCGGGCAGCGCCGCCCUCUCCAAGUCGGUGGAGGACAACGACAUCGGUCGCCCGCAGUACGUCACGCAGGUCACCGCCAAGGACGGGCGGCUCCUCUCCACCGUCAUCAAGGCGCUGGGCGCCCAGAGUGACGGUCCCAUCUGUCGAAUCUGUCAUGAAGGUGGAAAUGGGGAGGGACUGCUUUCCCCGUGUGACUGCACAGGAACACUGGGCACCGUGCACAAGAGCUGCCUGGAAAAAUGGUUAUCGUCCUCCAACACAAGUUACUGUGAGCUUUGCCACACAGAAUUUGUUGUAGAGAGAAGACCGAGACCUUUGACAGAGUGGCUGAAGGACCCUGGUCCCCGCAAUGAGAAGAGGACUCUUUUCUGUGACAUGGUGUGUUUCCUGUUCAUUACUCCCCUGGCAGCGAUCUCUGGCUGGCUGUGUCUGCGUGGAGCCCAGGAUCAUCUGCAGUUCAACAGCCGACUGGAGGCCAUUGGACUCAUAGCACUAACUAUAGCACUUUUCACAAUUUACGUCCUUUGGACACUGGUUUCGUUCCGCUACCACUGCCAGCUGUACUCGGAGUGGCGAAGGACCAACCAGAAAGUCCGCUUGAUGAUCCCAGCCUCGCGGAGCCCUCACCCCGUGCCCCACUCCCUCCUCUCUGCCAAGCUCAUGAAGAAGACCGCGGAUGAGACCACCGUCUGAGCCGUCCCUCGGCCGCCGCGGCGCGUGGCUGCGGGGUGAGGGCAGCCCUUCGGGGCUGGCAGAAGCACAGAGGGUCGGGUGUCCCCCUGCGUGCGCAGGAAACACACGGCGACUGGAGGCACUAGAGAGCGUUUGUCCCACCCCAAGGGACUUGGCGGUCGGCACGUACUUUAUACCAUGGCAAACAGAUAAUCAACAUCUGUCACGUGAAACGGCCCAAAAGAGCCAGAUGGCAGAAUAUGCCUGUCUGCAGGGACACUUUCCUAUAACUCAAUACCAUACGUGGAAAAUAUUUCCCUCUAUAUAUAUAUCUAUAUAUAAUAUUAUUUUUUAAUGGCCAUGCAUAUUGUGUUUCAGUCUUUUUGUGUUGAUGUUCUAAGCUUCAGUAUAGAAGCUGGCAGCCUGAUCUCAUUCAGAGGUUAAAUCUAUGCCUUUUCUGCAAAUGAGCAUAUAAAGAACACUUUUCAUCGACCCUUCUUGAAAGUCCCCUUCUCCUUUGCACUAAAUUGGUUUUGAUAAUACUGCAAGCAGCCUUUCCCCUUACUCUUUGCUCUCUUUUGUGGUGUUUCUGUCCUUUCCAGAAAGUUGUGUGUUUUUGAUAAUUAUUAUAAUUCCAGAAGGAGUAAAAUGACAUAAUACUGAAUGGAGACAUUUUGUAUUGUAAAGUACUGUAAUUUUGAGAAUUUCAAAAUAAGUUUCAAAACGAGAAGAUCUCUUCCUGUGCAGACAUGAUCUCACAAAACACUUCCCUUGCUGAUCCUGGCUCAUCCUCAGGACUCGGGUGCACUCAGCUCUUGGCACGUCUGGCAAAGGUAGAUGGAGGAUCUGUGAGUGGGAAGUGAUGGCUCAGACUAGCUGAACCCACCAUUGCCUUUUGCUUUUAAAAGAUGCAGAAGGAGCUUUCCUGACCCCAAAAGGUGAGAGCUGGAGUUCCUGUUUGCUGGUGUCCAUGCACCAUCUCGAGGCUGGACCUCUGGCCGAGUGGUUCCGCGCAGGCCCUGCAGGACAGGCUGUGCUCUGCAGCCCCUCGGCAGCACGCGGGUGGUCUCGGCUGUCUCUGCACUUUAUUUGCACGUUCCUCGGUGGCAGCCAGAGGAGCUGCUGUGGUUUGGUUCAUCCCUGGAAGUGCUGCCUGUCUGUUAUCUGUCCUCUAGUGAAACGCCCCAAGUUUGCUGGUUCCCGGAGAACAGGCUCUGGGUCCCUUCUUCUGCAAUGCUGGCAUUUUCUCCUCCUCUUCCUCCUUCAUCCACUGGCAUUUCCAGCUAACACACCCCUCUGUCUUGGAGUGCCCUAUGUGCCAAGGGUCUUCCCAAGUUUGGCUUUAGUCUGUGCCUCUCUGCUGCCUCCCCACCCUGCCAGAUGGUGCCUGUGCUUGGUCCUGGGUGUUCCUGAGCCCAGCUGUAAGGACACCGGCGUUGGCACUGCCCUGCCGAGUGCUCCAGAGGUGUGUGCAUCUGUGGUGAUAGUGAGGGUAGGUAGCAGGGAGGAGGUGCCCAUGUCCUCGCAGUGGGAAGGACACACUAUGUCCCUCUGGUCCUUUACUGAACCCAAGUGGAUCAGUCCAGUGCUUGGCUAGAUCGAGACGUGUAAUUUCUUGAAUUCAAAGCACCAUAUGCCAUUCCUCCUUCUCUCUGGCUGCAAAGCAAAGCAGGAUGCUUUUCCUUACGUGUUCUCUGACCCUAGGCAGGAAGUCGAUGGUGGCAUGAGCAGCAGGAGCCAGUGCCCUGUCUCUCCCAGUAGAAUUGCUUCAGCCCUGGGGCCUGCUCUGUGCUCACUCUCCUCCUCAUCUCCUGUCCCAGGGUACUCAUGCAGCUCGGUGACGUCCCUGCACGUCUGGCAGCAGCCUCUCUCUGCCCAGCUGUGGUCACACCGGAGCUGGUCUCUGUUCUGAGCCCGAGGGUCUUGACUGAUGGUGGGGUGAAUGUCCUGUGCCACAGCCAGGCCGUGUGUCUCCGCUCCUCUCUCUCUGCCAGCCUCCCUGCCUGUCUCCUCCCUUCUGCCAGCUACCCGUGGGCACCUUCCCUUUCCCCUGUCGUGAAGGGAUGCCCCGGCCCCCAGUGCUCCUGGAGGCUUGUGGUGCAGAGAGGCCUCUGCCCCCCCUGCACAGCGGCAGCGUCCUGCUCCCCCCAGCUCCCUCCGCACACCCCCUCCCAGGGCAGCGAGCGCUGCACCGCUGCUCUGUGCCUUCUCCUGGGUGCCCCUUCCUUCAGCCCCCCUCCCCCCAACACAUCCUCUGUCACCAGGGCAUUCCCAUGAAGAAAAACUGGGGGGUUUAGGUUAGUGUUCCCAGCACUGGCUGCCUCCCAGGAGCUUGGUCUCGUGACACAUCUGGUUCUGGCAGGUGAUGAAGGAUGCGCACUCUCACACCACAUUUCCCUAGUAAGGACUUGAAGGAACCAGGAUUCCAGUUAGGAAACCCACUGUUGAUCCAAAUAUGCAACUGUGAAAGCCAGAAGUCCCGGGCUGGGGGCAGCUGGGGCCCGGCCCCGUGCUCCUGCGCAGAGGUGGCUUCACUCUCAGCUUUGUUGUCUUUAACAUAGUUGCCAAUAAUUGGAGUUGUUGCAUGUGCCCCUGCAAAACACAAUCAUGCCUCUUCGAAUCUUCAGCUCGUGGAUGUGGGAAAUCAGUGUCUCUGACCCGCCACCUUCCAGUGUCAUGGGGAAACGGGCUGUGCAAUUAUGUAAAUAAAAGUGAGACAAACUUUGGA